UUUUUUAAUACAGACAAUUUUCUAAUAUUAGUGUUCAAAUUGAGGGAUUUUUUUGCACUCUAAGUAUGGCACUGGAGGAACUUGAUCCAAGUGAGUUCCCAACUGAUUAUAAAGAUUUUGAGGAGGUUGGAUCGGGGGGUUUCGGUAUAGUUCAUGUUUGUUCCCAUGCCACACUAGGUAGAAGGGUGGCUCUGAAGUUGUUUCAGUUCACUGGAAGUGCUGAAAAUAUUCAACAAGCUAAGAAUGAAUUUAAUGACGAAGCAAAAAUUCUCCAACGAAUGAACCAUCCCCACAUUGUUACCUUUUAUGGUGUGACAUCACUUUUUGGAAGAGAGGGUCUUGUGAUGGAAUUCCUUGAGGGUGGCAACUUGCAUGACCUUAUCAGGUCUAAUGAAGAUUUGCCUUGGACCGAGCGCCUUCGACUGUUGCGUGAGUUGAUAUCAGCCAUCAAUUACUUGCACAACCACGAUAAGAACAAAGCUUUCAUCCAUGGUGACAUAAAACCACCAAACACUCUUCUCACAAAACUCAGGGUUCUUAAACUUGCUGAUUUUGGCGCAGUGAACAUCACAGUGCCAACAAAUGCUCCUUCACCUUCAAUUAAAAUUACCCCCAAAACACAACAUACGUGGCAAUACACUGCUCCUGAAUUCUUUGACCCUCAUGCAAACAAAUCACCAGCUAUUGAUAUCUACAGUUUCAGCAUUGUUGUGUAUGAAUUGCUAACCAGAACUCGACCUUAUGAGGAUGCUAGAAGAGAUCGGUUCUGCCAUAAAAAAUCAUUAAAAAAUGAAAUUUACAAUGGUACGAGGCCCAAUCAAUCCGAAUUGGAUAAGGUGAAAGAGCAAUUGAAACAGCAUCAAGAUGUUGAUAUAUUCCUCAAAUUACAAUCUCUUAUGAAGGAAUGCUGGGAGCAUGAUCCAACCAAAAGACCAAAAGCUACAGAAAUUUUGAAAGCCCUAACAAAACAGAUGGAUGAGGUUUUGAAAGCCCUAACAAAACAGAUGGAUGAGUUAUCUGCCACAAAUGCUCCAGUUCAAGAAACCUUUACACAAGUGGAUGAGCCACCUGUUAUGUGUGUUCAAGAUAUGGAAAUCUCCAGCCAACAAGAUGAUAAUGCCAGUGUUAAUACAACUCCAAUUCCAGUAAUGGAAUUAAAAACCAUCGUACCUCAAAAGCUGUUGGCCACAAAUGAUACAGGUGUUGAACCUAUUAAACACAUGGAUGAGAUACCAAACAUAAAGGUUCCAGAUGUCGAACCAACCACCCAACAAGUAGAGGAGUGUCUAGUCACAAGUGUUCCGGAGACUGAAUGCAUGAUUGUGGGUGGUUGGAAAUCAAAACAUAUAGUUGAAAUUUAUGAAAUUAAAGAUAAAGAUUUUAAACCAAGAAAGCCAACUGUGUAUGAAAGGUAUGGUUCAACCAGUGUAAAAAUAGACAACCAUGUUUUUACCGGUGGUGGUGAUGCAUCCAACACUGCUGAAUUUCUUGAUUUAAACAAAAUUGAUGGUGACUGGAAAGAAAUAUCCUCUAUGAACAAACGGCGAUUUCAUGCAGCAUCUACUGUGUGGAACGAUCAAAUGUGUGUAUCAGGAGGACUGGGUGGUGAAGUUCUAUCAUCAGUUGAAUUAUACAAUCCAGUGGUGAAUACAUGGACAAACAUUGCUUCAAUGCAAACUAAACGAUGGGAACAUGCUCUUGUUUUUUACAAUGGUCGCUUGUUCACAUUCGGGGGAAGUGAUGGUGAUGUUUUUGGAAGCUUGAGCCGUUUAAACUCAAUGGAAAGUUUUGAUCCAAGAGAAGGGAAAUGGAAAUUUCUACAACCAAUGAAUGAGGGAAGAUCUGGAUUAUCUGGUGUUGUUUACUAUGAUGAGAUUUACGCCGUUGGCGGUUCGAACCUGAAGAGCGUGGAGUGUUACAACUUUCGUACCAACACAUGGACCAAGGUUCGCAACAUGAACAAAAAAAGAGCGGGUUCUUGUGCUUGUGUUGUGAAUGGGAAGAUAUACGUUAUUGGAGGUGCUCAUGAUGAUGCAUUAAAUACAACUGAGGCUUAUGAUGCAACAACCAAUGAAUGGAAAAUUGAAGAAACCAACAUGGAGACACCAAGAAUUUAUGCAUCAGUUGUAGCUUUGUAAACAGAUGUGUUUUUUUUUCAAUAGAUUUGAUCAUUUGUAUUUCGUAUUAUUGAACUUUUUUAAAACACCUCUUAAAUUCCUAUUUAAAUUUUAUGAUUUGCUUUUUAUUAAGAGGUGUGUCAUUGGUAUUUCAUAUUAUUAUUUUUUUUUUAAUAAAACCAAUAACUUGAUCAAGAAGUUUAAAGUAGUGCCAUUGUAUAUGUAUCUCAGUAUUUUUUUCAUUUUACCCUUUAAUUCCUGAUAAAGUCUCGCCGUAUGGCAGACGAAACGUUGGAAAUACACUACGUUUUUUU